AUGAGUCACAAGCACCAGACCCUUCGUUUCGUGGACGAUGCCACGGCUGGGGACGGCAUCUGGGGCUACCCCACCAGCAAAGCCAACUUCUGCGAGGAGGACUACCUCAUCACGAGGUACAUCGCAGAGUUCAUCAACUGCCUGUCGAAUGUGGCAUACAUCUACCUCGCGUUCAAGUAUCCCCGGACCAACACCAAGGCGCGGGUUCCCUGGUACCAGCACCUUGACAUCCAAUCGAUCGGCCUGCUCUUCGUAGGCGUCUUCUCCGGCAUCUUCCACGGCACGAUGCACCAAGAGACCCAGCUCCUCGACGACAUCUCCAUGCUCAUCCUCGGCGGCUCCCUGGUCCAGCCGCUCUACGCCUACCGCCAAGCGCCCCUCGUCCGCGUCUUUGUCAUCGCGGCGCUGUGGCUCGCCAUCGGCGUCAUGACCGUCAUCUACGUUCGCUCGGGCGACAUCCGCAUCCACGUCAUGGUCUUCAGCGCGCAGCUUACCCUGGUCUGGCCGCGGACGCUGUACCUGCUGUACGGUUCGGGUCUGUACUCCAAGGAGGAGAAGAGGAAGUUCAUGCGGGUGUUUUGGAAGGCGAUUGCGACGUUGCUGCUUGGCUUCGGGUUGUGGCAUAUCGACUUGGAGUUCUGCGCCGAGCUGAGAGCUGCGAGGGCGGCUGUUGGGCUGCCUGCGGCUUGGAUCUUGGAGUUGCAUGGGUGGUGGCAUCUUUUCACGGCGAUUGGUGCGAGCUUGUACAUGAGGCUGAUUCGGAUGAUUACCGACGAGGCUCGUGAUGCCGGCGAGAAGAAGCAACAAUGA